AACGAAACCGCUUGUGAUUGAAAUAGGAUCGUUGUACGCCGACCAAACACGUAAAUUUUGAUUUCGGCCCCCAAUUCGGAUGGUUUCCGUUGACACGUCGGGCGAAGCUUCGAUAUCUUGAUCAUCUGGCACACCACUGCAAUCAAUAUUCUUGAGUAACGCAACAAGUUUGAAACUCGGACCCUUCUCAUCGCACCUCCUCGGUCUUUUCACGUUGUCGUUGUCGACGAACAUAACCAUGGUUGACCUAUUAUCGGCGCCUUGGGGAAGGUCCUCACCUCUGAGCCACCAGAGUUCAUGUCUAUCAUCAACCAUGUCUUACACGAGCCAGGUCCUCAGGACCUGGCGAUAGGCAGAUAUAUAUAUGUUCACUCACCAUGGAUCAUUUCAUAUCAAACAAUAAUUCACUUCCACCUCUCCAGACCAGCAAUCAUGGUUGACGACAAACACCACCUGUCUCAAGAGCUCGCGGUCUUCGAGAAUUCUCCCCGAGACCAAGAACAAGCGGUGCAGGAGAUACAGCAUGAGAACUCCGGGAGCAUAGAAGUCCUACAGCCUGUCGCGGAAAUACAGCUGCGACACCCAGCAAGGCCCUUGGUGACCAUCGUACCGCGGGAGAACGCUCUUCUCAGCUCCCAAACAGCAGCUCGUCUCCAGCCUCACUUACCACCAUACGAAUGGUCGUUCUGGACAGAUGCUUCCCUCCCGAGUCAUAAGGUGGCUUAUGCGGUUAAGCUUGCAGGCUGCGGCUUCUGCGUUGUACACCGUCGUCUCGACAAUAGCAAACCCAGUGAUCGAGAUUUUGCUACCACAUGGUGGCAAAGCUGCUUUGUGGCACGCAAUGUGCAUAGAAUCGGAGAUGGUGAAAUGCUUGCCGUGGCGCAAGCUUUGGCAAUGGCCGUCGACCAGUGCAAGCGCAUCUCCGUGACUGUUGUCAACAGUGCCACGAAUGAAAUGCCGGGAUUGAUGGACGGAAGAGAGCGCCAGGCAGCUAAUGAUUCAUGGCCGAUGCCAAAGGUAGUGAAUAUAUUCACAGAUGAUCGGAAGGUCUUGGACUCCAUCGAUACGUGCUGGCUUUCUGGCAGAGAGCCAGGCCCCCGGUCACCGAUGAGGCAUGCCAAUGCCAUGAUUAGGGCGCUUAGCGAUUUUGGUGUCAGAGUGCAUCUUCAGUUGGUUCCGGGUCAUUCCACCGACGUCCAUAAUCGCUGGGCUCAUGAAGGAGCUCGAAAUGCGCUGCAUCCGCAAUAUCACGUGCAGAAAGUAUGCACGACAGAAAGAAAACCGCGGCCGCACCGGAGGCCACACAAGGAUGAAACUUUGCAACGAGCCUUCAAGACCACAGUUGAGGAAGGAAUGUGAGCCUACAGGACAAUAGCGUGAGAAUUACAAGAAUUGGUACACCUCCAAAUUCAUUGAG